AUGGCGGAGAAAGGUCUGCCUUUACCAAAAUUUGGAGAAUGGGACGUGAAUGAUCCAGCAUCUGCUGAGGGGUUCACUGUCAUAUUUAAUAAAGCUAGGAAUGAGAAAAAGACUGGUAUCAAGCCCGACUCGUCUCCACCAAAGGGUGAAUCCACUUAUAGGCCCCCUUCAACUCUAGGAGGAAAGCCUCAUUCUAAGAAGUGGUUUUGCUGCAUGAAGUCAGCUGCCGAAGCAUAA